GCAGAGAAGUUUGAGGAGUCGGGGAGCAGAAAGAGCCUAACGGCUUGGUCACCUCGGCUCCCUCUUCCCCCCCUUGCAAACAAUGGUCUGGCCCACUCCCUCUUCCCCCAUCUCUCCUGCAGACAAUGGGCUGGCCUGCCUCUGUCCUCUCCCCCCUGCAAUCAAUGGGCUGCCGGCCCUGGCCUGGCAGCUGCAGGAGAGCACAGGAGGUGAAUUAGUAUUGCCCAUAAUUACCGAAGAUUCCUUAGACACCCCACCAAUUGCCACCCGGUCUCCAUUCAUACCCCCACCACCUACCUUUGGCCCCUUCCUAACUGUAAUAGAGACCACCAGAGACACCCUAGCCCCCUCUGCCAAUCAAAAACCCCCAUGCUUAGCCGACCAAGAGGACAGCGAUUGCGAAGAGGGCAUUGAGGCCUCCGGUUACGCCUCGGGCGAGGUCUUCGACUCCAGCCUGCCCCCUACUGACGAUGAAGAUUUUUACACCACAUUCCCCUUGGUCACAGAUAGGACCCUGCUGGCCAGGCCAGAUGGAGCAUCUAAAAAGUCCCAAGGCUUCAGGCCCAACAUUAGGACAGGAGUGCCGGCUUCAUCCUCAAUCCCCGAGCUCCUGACCUCCACUGCCUCUCCUGACCUGGUCCGUAACAUCCCUGCCGGCAAAAUGAACAAUCGCGAGGCCCCCAAGUCCCACCCAGAUCAGUACCCCCCUCUGCCCACUUCUUUUGAACUCGACAACCGUAACAGGCAUAAGUACCCAGGUAUAACGUCUUCCCCCAAUUUCCACAAUCUACCCACAGCUAACCCCACCGGCUCAGGGGAGAGGGGUCCCCCAGGGGCUGUCGAGGUGAUCCGCGAAUCUAGCAGCACCACGGGGAUGGUGGUCGGCAUCGUGGCAGCGGCCGCCCUGUGCAUCCUCAUCCUACUCUAUGCCAUGUACAAGUACCGAAACCGGGACGAAGGCUCUUACCAGGUGGAUCAGAGCCGGAACUACAUCAGCAACUCGGCACAGAGCAAUGGCACGGUGGUCAAGGAGAAACCCACCUCUGCCACCAAAACCCCCAGCAAGAGCAAGAAAAACAAGGACAAGGAGUAUUAUGUGUGAGUCUCCGCCUCCCCCCCCGGCCCUGCCUCCCUCCUGUCCCUCUGCUGGCGAGUGAGAGAGAGAGACGAUUGCAGGGUGAGACCGGCUCAAAUCAUGCCAACCUUUGGAUACAAGAGACCAACAAAACUUCCCAGCCUUCCUUUCUCCUCCCUCUGCAACACAGAGGCAACCAGUGGAUCCUGCACCCCCAACCCCAUCCUGCUCUGGUUUCAAUGUGUUUAUUCCCCCUUUACUUACUUUUUCAGUUCAUCUCUGAAAAUUAACAACAACCACUUCAAAAUCAAAACCAUGCUCACUUUCUACCCCCUACCCCAAAUUCUUUCAGAUAUUGCGAGUUCAUUUCAUUGGUUUUCCUUUUUAGCAAACGAAGUGGGGGAAAGAAUAGGGGAGGGGCGAUCAAAUCACACAUGCCAUGGUUAGGUGGGCACUGGAAAUAAGCAUCCAUUUGGUGAGAGAACAGAAAACGAGGAUGCAGGGGUGGGGUAAAUGGAUUGAAGGAGGCUUCGGAGCUGUCUAAAUAAAGCUGAGCCAGGAUUUUGCCUUCAAGACUAUAUAUAUAUAAUUAUAAGAUUAUAUAUAUGAAUGGGCCCCAAAAGGUACAUGACUCCUCAUCCAGAUGAAACUCGGGGGGUACAUCUCCCCAUCCCUUUUAGACCCCUUUCCCAUGCCCUGUUUGGAAACACAAAUCCAAUUGGGAUACAAAAGAUUUGAUUUUUCUCUCAACUAUCGACAAAAUUCCAACAUGGAGCAGGAUACAGCUGGAUUCAGAAAACUUGGCUGGGCAAAGAUUUUGGGGGCAAAAUAUCGAUCUCUCUUGGAAUUAUCAUUAAAACAAUAAAAGGGGGGGGGUUCUUUGAUUAUAACUGAUUUUUUCCUCUCUCUUUGUUAAUGUGUCAGAGUCUUGGAAAUGUGUGGAGUAAACUGAAACGAAACAAUCAAAAUCACAAACUCUUGGGAAAAUAAAAAUGAAUCCAUUACUAGUGAUGAUGGUAAAUAAAGCAGUUGACAUGGAUCUUGUCCAGCUAUGGAACUGAUCAGCCACUCGGCUUUCUGCCCUGUAGUAACAAAAGGGGGUGCUACUCACAAAGAGGGGUCGGGUUAGAGUUGGGGUAGCGGUGGUUUUUGUGAAGCAACAGUUAUGGGAGCUGAGACUGGUUUGGGGGAAUCAGCUCGGGAUGUGUGGGGGUGGGGGAGAUGGGCAAAUAUUUUUCUGUUUUGUUUUCCAGGAAAUUGCAUAAUUCCUUUUCCCCCAUGCCUCCUCCACUCCCACCCCCUUUUCUCCAUGCCAAGGUGCUAUUGUGAUCAUCCUUUAAGUGUCUUCUCAGAGCAUGUCCUUACAUUUUAUUGUUCUUUCAAGGUAUUCAGAACAGGGGGUUAAGCAGCUGUUGAUGGUAAUUUGCGAAUGGGAGGGGGCAUUGGACUAUUUCCUUCACCCCAAUUGCCAUCCCCUCCCCACCUUUGCCCUCCCUGGGGGAAUUGGAAAGGUUUUUCAAAUGACUAUAUAUAUAAAGUGAGCACUAUAUAUAUAUAUAAAAUAUAUAUAUAUAAAUAUAUAUUAUAUAAAGUAUGUGUAUGGACAGUUUAACACAGGAGACGAGGGUUUAGAAGGAUGUUUGAAAAGGAGCUGGAGACAAAAAAGUCAGUCCCCGCUGGGGCAUGAGUGUGGCGAAUUCAAGGUAGGAUCCCUCAAUGAUCUCUGGGCACAGCCGCAGAACCCCAACUUCCAUCUUUGCUCACGAUUCUGCAAGAUUCCAGCCCAUCAUUCUGUGCAAACUGGCUGGCAGAGCCAGCCCCUUGCUUCCAGCCAUGUCGCUGCCACCAGCCCUUGCUCUGCGGAGGGCUUUCCAGCUGGUUCGGACAGCAAUGCAUUUUGGUACCUGU